UCCACAGACACAGAGAGCGCGGAACACAACAACGUGGAAAUGCGCUCAAAAACUUUGGGUUUGAAACGGCGCGCAUGCGCGGAGCCUCGUGGGUAGAACAGUGCGCAUGCGUGGGACGCGGACGGAGCAGCAGCCAGGAGCUAGCGCACGUUUUUCGCCGAAAUGGACUCUCAGAAAGACAUCCCGCCUCCUAAACAGCAGCCCAUGAUCUACAUCUGCGGAGAGUGUCACACUGAGAACGAGAUCAAGGCACGAGAUCCGAUCCGCUGCAGAGAGUGCGGCUACAGGAUCAUGUACAAGAAGAGGACGAAGAGACUGGUCGUGUUUGACGCCAGAUGAGCAACACGUUCUUCUCUUCACUUCUUUUUGCAUUUUUUUUUUCUUGAGUUUUUGUGUGAGAUUGUAAAUACGUGUGUACGAGUGAAAUACUGAAAUACAGUUUUGUGUAAAAAAAAAAAAAAAAGAAUCACUGAAUCACUUUUCUGCUGUUGUUCAUAAAGUCCUCUGUGACUUCUGGGAUUGUUUAUAGAGAUACAGGAAAGAGUCUCUUCAUACCACUGCUCUACAGGUUACAGCAUGUCGAGGAAAAACACACACACACACACACACACACACACAGAGUACUAAUGCAGCAGAAUGUAUUAUUGUAUGUUUAACACACAAACAUAAAACUAUAUGAAAAAUAAUACAUUUAUAAAAUUA